AUGGAGUCAGGAUCUGCAUUAAAAAGUUUCGUUGAGUAUACCUCUGAGCAUCACUUCCCAUUGGAGAACAUUCCCUAUGGUACUUUCAAGAACCCAGAGAGUAAUGAGAUUCAUUGCUGCACUAGAAUUGGAGAUUUUGUUGUUGAUUUAGCAGCGCUCCAUGAUUUGGGUCAUUUCUCAGGAGAUAACCUCAAGAGUGAAAAUGUAUUCAAACAUGAGUUCCUCAACACUUUCAUGGCCUUAGGAAGACCAUCAUGGACUGAAGCUAGGGCCACAAUUCAGAAUUUAUUUGCUGAAGGAUCAUCAUUUGAGAAUGAUGAAGAUGGAAAGAGCAAAGCUCUCUUUGCUUUUGAUAAAGUUGAGAUGACCCUCCCAGUUGAUAUCAAGGACUACACAGAUUUCUAUUCAUCAAAGAAUCAUGCAUAUAACGUUGGAUGCAUGAUUAGAGGUCCAGAUAAUGCCCUUCAGCCAAACUAUACCUAUUUACCGGUUGGAUAUCACGGAAGAGCUUCCUCAGUUGUCGUCAGUGGAACUGAUGUAAGAAGACCAAAAGGGCAAGUCUCAGCCGAUAAGAAGGUUCCAACAUGGAGCGACUGUAAGAGAUUAGAUUUUGAACUCGAAAUGGGAGCUUAUGUUGGAGUAGGGAACGAACUUGGAAAGCCAAUCAAGAUAGCAAAUGCCUCUGAUCAUAUCUUUGGACUAAGCUUGUUGAAUGAUUGGAGUGCUAGAGAUAUUCAGGUUUGGGAAUAUGUUCCUCUUGGACCAUUCAAUGCAAAAAACUUUGCUUCUACUGUAUCUCCAUGGAUUAUCACUCUUGAAGCUUUAGAGCCAUUCAAAAUUGCCCACCAGGAUCAAGACCCAGAGCCAAUGCCAUACUUGAGGGAAGAUAAUCCUUCAACCUAUAACAUCGACCUUCACGUGGGAAUCCAGUCAGAGAACAUGGAUGCUCCGCAUGAAGUUUGUCUCAGCAAUUUCAAGCAUUUGUACUGGAAUGUUAACCAACAAUUGACUCAUCACGCUGUAACUGGAUGCAAUAUGAGCACAGGAGAUUUCCUCGGCUCUGGAACUAUUAGUGGCACUGAAAAAUCAGAGAGAGGAUGAUUACUAGAACUCUCUUGGGCAGGUAAAGAAAAGGUUUCUCUUGGAAAUGAUGAAGAAAGAGUAUUCCUCAAAGAUGGAGACUCAGUCCAUAUGACAGGAGUCUGUAAAGGAGAUGGAUACACUGUUGGAUUUGGAGACUGUGUCGGAAAGAUUCUUCCAGCUUUAGAUGAUUCUGAAUACUUUUAA